GCCAGCAGCGACAUGCAACAGAACACCUCGCAUAAGGAGCACGGCACGAUCAACAACAGCCAGAGCUCAACAUCAACACCAUCAUAAUCACUUUGGCAGCCUGGCAGCGUAGGGUUUCUUGCGUAUCUCACCGUCGUCGUCGCCUCCUGAGAGAGGGAGAGACCAAAAUGCAGCGACACCAAAGGAAUGUGUCUGCCUGCCUGUCGGUUGCUUUGCGCUGGCCUGACUCAAGAGAAGGAAACCAGUUUUCAGUUUAGGUCGGUUCGUUGCUCGGCGUGGAGUGUGCGAUUGCGUCCGGGCGAAUAGUUGAAUUGAAGUGCUGCGCGACGACCGUUGUGAAUCAUAAUUUUCGGGCAGUUCGUUUCGUAGGUAACCUAACGUUUGGGAGAUUCAAAUUUCGUUUUAUGGGUCCCACAGCGUGAAUGGCCGAUAGUGUUUUAACGAUCGAUUGAUGGCGUUCCAGAAUUGCGUUCUAGUUGGGUCGUAAAGAGCACGAGUGGUUUUAUUAGGGCGGACUAGAGGUACCGUGAGAGUGUUUCUUGAUCGUUGUCGCCGUCGUCGUAGUGUUCUUUUUAGCAUUUUCAUUGCUUAAUUAUAGUUGUACGACGACGUGAGGUGCUGCAGCGCUCCCAUCAUCUUUUGCGGAAACUUCCUGCCAUUGGAUCUCCCUCUCUCCAGAAUAGCAGUAGCAAGCGGAGGCGCAAAUCUGGGCCCAUAACCCGCGAUAGUUUAUGACCUAUCAACUCUCAGAAGGUGGAGUGAACGACAUCCCAUGAAGUGAAUGAGAAUAUUUCAAACGAAAAUUUCCCUCAUCCGGCCUCUCGAUGGUCGUCAUUGAAACAGAAGAAGUGGUCGGUUCAGAAGUUUAAGAAGAUCUCGCCGUUUGCUGCUUAGAAGAAUUCAAUUAAGCCCAUUAGUGCAUAGUGAAGAAUGAUGCGGCCGAACGGCGUGCGAAAAGUAUGCGUGCUUCGAAUGGUUAUUAAAUCACUUAAUUAAGAUAGAAGAGUCUCGUGCCGGGCUAGGAGGAGACUUAGUUCGGUUAGUUUGUGGUGUAAAAUAAACCAGUUUGGUAAUCAGAGGAGAAAAGCAGCAUCCAGAGUCGAGCCAUCACCGGCGGGUUGCGCGCACCCAAAGUGAGCGGAAUGUCGCACAACGAAGGAGAAGAAAUUUAUCACUAAAAGUUCGAAAAAGGAAAUUGAAUACGACGACCACUACCACUUGGUCUGGGUCCCAUAAGUGAACGACGGGAAUUUUAUGAAUUUUGUGUCUUGACCUGGUGUCCAGGACCAGGCUGCUUGCUAGUGCAUAAUGUAGUGGGACCCGGAUGGUGACCAGCAGUGUGAUCAAUACAUCAGAGAAAAAAAAGCAGUUACAGCUGAAGCGAUUGCACGUCCCUUGGGUGGGACCCUACAGACAGUAGACAGACGAUCCAGUAUCCAGGCGACCGGCGAGAGGAUAAAACAUAUCCUUCGUACCGAUGAAUGAUCGUGCGUAGACCACUCGGGCAACCAUGACGAUACAGUCGAACCUGGACUCGCCCCAGCAGCACCACCGGGUCAUGAGUCGCUACCACCAGCACCAUGAUCCGGCCUACAACAUCACCAGUGCCGAGGCGGACGACUACAACAGCGACAACAGCAUUGCCGUCUUGCAGCACCACCAUCGCUACAUGCCAUCUAGUUCCAGCUCAUGUGAUAACACCAAACAUCCCCCGAUGCAGGGCUCCAGCGUGCCCGGGUCCUGCGACGAGAAUACGCCUAGUGUGUUAGAUAUUAAUUUAGAUAGUAAGAAAAUUGCCCUAUCCAAUCCAAAUAACUCGAGACUGAACUCUCCGGCUCGGUUCGACAACGAGAGGAAAUAUACCAACCACAUAGAGAUCUACAGCGACAGCGGGAACAACAAACUGGAGGAGGAAAUUUCGGAGGACGAUCGGGGGCCACCGCUGCCGCCGCGGCCUGCCCCUCGAACGCGAACCCUGCAACGUGCCGAGAGUGCCCCAACGACCUCCGGAGUACGGAAAUACGUCAUCUGGUGCCUGAUAUGUGGAGGCAUAUCCUGUCUAUUGGGAAUCCUGUUCCUGGGAAUCUAUUUCCUCCUUAGGUCCUACACCAGCACGGUUGGAUACUUUGAAACGGUACCAACAUUUGUUCCCGCUACGCUGCUGAUGGUGACCGGAAUUUGUAUAAUGAGCCUGGCUAGACGACGGAAUCGCUAUAGUUAUUUGAUCAAAUUAUCCGGUGCAUGCGGACUGGCAUCGGCUCUAACCUGCGCGCUCGUCACAGUCACCACCACGGUCCUGCACAUGAGCCGCCUCCAGGUGCUCAGGGAAUGUGAAUACACGCAGAAGACACGAACCUGCACUUGCUACUCGGUUACGGCCGAGAAGCAAGCCGAAGGUAUGGAUGAUAACGUGCGGUUCGUGUUCGAUUCUACGUCGGAUUGCGGAGUCGUACACGGGGCACUGUACUCCUGCUUGAGGGCCGUCUUUGGCCUAUCCGUGGCCGGUGUACUGGUGGCGGUAUUCAGCUGUAUGCUGGUCUACCAGCUGCUGAGUCACGAGCGGAAGAAAAUGUAUUGGGAACAGCUGGAGCUGAGAUGUCGAUCGCUGUACUCGGGGCAACAGGGACCUUCGGUGUUGCCAUCUGGGCCUAUGUUGGCGGCCGGUAGGAACGGGAACUGUCGAUGCUGCGAGCAAUGCCACGCCCACCGUAACGUGAUGCCGUCGGCUUAUCCUUGGGAAGGUGAUCAGCGAUUUUGGGCCCCAGGUCAGGCGGGGAACUUUUACUCGCCCAACCCGGGCGGAGAGGAGAACGCAGGGGGCAAUAGAUUGAACCAAAACGGUCGAAGAAUGCCCGGAUGGAGUUGGCCAAGGAUGCCGUGGCAACGCAACGAUUCACAACGCAUGUCUCCUCACAGUCCGGAUUCACAGUAUGGAUUUUCUAAUAGGGCAAAUGCCGCGGAACCAGUUCCGGUUGGGGCUAACCAACCCAGGUAUAACGUCAUUGAGCAACAGUAUGGAAUUUGGGGACCACCUCCACCGUACAGCGAUCCAAAUAGUCCAGCUCGACGGGGACGCUACCAGUAUAUUCAUCCAGCGCAGUGUCAACCGAUGAUUGAAACCAAUGCUCCUCCCACUAACAUAGCCAUCCUGGAGUGUCAUCAACAUCCAAUGACGUCCGAAAACCAUUCCAUCCAGCAGUACAACAAUGCCACCCAACAGAAUGCAUUCCGGAAUCCGGGAAAGCGACAAGCCUUCAAACCGGCUAAGGACAACUACGAAAACACUCCAUCGGAUAGCGACGGUCCGAGGGAUCGGUUCUCCAAUACGCUUCCAUUGAGGAAGACCAAAAAGCGGGUGGAGGCCGGUGCUAAGAGUAUUGGACCGAACCAACCUGCUCCAAGAGUCAACGUCCAGAAUGUGUUCAACUCCAACGCGUCAAACACGGCACAAAAUUCCGUAGAGACGUCGGAAAACGAGUAUAACGAACCUUCGCUGCCGAGCAAUGAGCCCAGCUGUAGUGGACAAUCGGCGCCGGUGCAUGCCAAAACCAGGCGGAUGAAAGCGGGCGUGGAGAAUACAGGGUUCCAGACGGUAGAAGCACUUGAGGCGGAUGCCAUGAACGGGAAGGUCAUGGAGCCAACCGAGUCGGAAGUGUACUUUGCCGAUGUUAGUAGUUGUUGUAACAUGUCCGUUAAGAAUGACAACUACUAUGAGGAUGCUAACCAAAGACGUAGGAAUAUGAAGGAUAAGAACAAGGUUGCCCAAGAACAGGAGCAGUUCAGCAAGGACCAAGCCGAUGACUACAUCGCUCAAAGAUUCGGCAAGCGAGAACCUUCCGUCCGCAGUAGGUUACCCUUCCCACAGAUCAUCCCGGAGACGUACGAGAAGCCGGCAGUGAUGCCUCGUCCUUCGCUGAUGCACAAGGACAUUUCCCGCCAGAGUAUGUGUUCUGUCGAGUCGGGCGAAAAGACUGACUACACCGAUCUGUCCCCUGCGACACCAAGUACAAAUUUUCCCUCGGUAACAUAUCCCCAGCAGGACUCCAGCAAUAACUUCAACGCUCUGUCGCAGCCCAGUAGUAGCGGUGGUGGUCCUACGACGUCCAAAGGAACUGUUGCGGACUUCACCACGGAGCCAAACAGCUCCAAUUUCAUUGCAUCCUACCCGUAUUCGUCGAACGAGCAAAGCCAAGAAGCCCACCGGCGUUCGACGAAGAAUCUCCAGGACAUCUUCUUGGCGCCCGACUCACAAUACGAGGUAAUCAAGGAAUCCAGUAAGUACAAUGAAACCACUCCGCUAACCCUGUCCUACAUGACCCAGCAGGACAUGCCGGCCCAGUUCUCCUACCUCCCGAGCAAGAUGCCAACACCGUCGACCCGUGAGCAUCUCAGCUUCCAGCAUCAGCAUCCGUCGGUCUCCUCACAGCAGCUAAUCCAACAACCCGGACAGCACUUCAAGCCGAAAUCUCCGAAAAACCUGAACAUCACGCCCAUCAAACGGCAAAGCUUGGGGACCAACAUAAGCUCCAUCAUACAGAAUCUCAGCAGUAGCGACGCGGGCCUGCUCUAUCCGGAAGGUCGCGGCAACCACUGUCAGAGCUCGCCAGUAGGUGGUGCGACGGCAGGGGGCAGCAGUGGUCCACCGAGCGGAUUGAUGCGGGAUUUGGAGCCACCGAACCAAGGGCAGCAAACCACCAACCGAGUGGACGACAGCAGUAACGACGAGAACGAUCUCUCCUCCGAUCCGAGCGAUCGACAUCGCUUGUGAGACGAAGUGUACGUGUGAGCGAGUGAGCCAUAGUAAGGGAAAGGGCGGAAGAUUGAGCGCAGUGAAGGUGGGUACCCAGCGGGGUAUCGCGGACGUCAACCACGAAUAGAUGAGCCGUAGUCCACAUGAAUUUGACAUGUUUGGGAAAUUGACACUUUUGGGCACUCUGACAGAUCUGGGAUGUGCACGACAUUAGAGAAUUAGUCAUUUCCAUAAGUUACUACUUAAGUAAAACGUGUAAAACUAGCAAAGGGUUCUCAAAAUUUUAGCGUGCAAUCGUUCGAAAUUACACGACAACGCGGAAAUAGCAAAUGAAUUAGUAAGAAAUUGUGUAAUGUAUCAAUAUACAGCACAAACAAUUUUGGACGUGUUUUUGUUGUGAGCUACGGUGAUUUUGGCUUUCGCUGGCCCCCUGUGGGUACCUCCUGAAGCAGGUGUUUGAGUGAUUCUUGGCUGAAACCGGGUUCAUGGUGGGGGUGAUGUUCAUUGUUCACGCAUUGGAACAAAAUAUUAGGCCGUGAGUGAGCACAGGUAUUCGAAUUUGAUGUCUGUGUUAGGGAAUACGAUUCAGGCAGUUUCAAAGCCUCAUGCAUGAUGAUAAUGCAAUGUAAACGAAAUCAUGUUGGCAAUUUCGAAAGUAUCUUCAAUGCCACAACUUUCUUGGGUAUUUGAUGAAUUACACGUAUUAACGAUAAGUCUUCACCAAAUUAACUAGUAGAGAAUGAUUAUCAACUGGGUAAAGUUCAGUUGGGCUUAGCUUUUAGGGUAUAAAUUCACAGGGUCAAAUAUUUGACAAGGAAAGAACAAAAUCUGUUUGACACUAAUGAAAAUUCGAUCGAGUUAAACAAUGUUUGAGCAUUAAUUUCUUUUUGGACAAUGUUUGAUCCUGUGUACUGGGACCUUUAGUACCAUUGGCUUCUCUUCGAUAAAAGCAGCAUAUGAACGGUCUUCCCAUACCCUUGUCCUGGAAUUUUCAUCAAAAUUCAAUUUAAUUGUGAUCGUGGUCCUACGGCAUAUGGACAACAUAACCAGCCUACCACAGCCUGCCGUUUUAACACCUUUACGAGCUGCAACCAAUGCCAUUAGUAUCGUCUGGCCCAAUAAACUAUGUAACAUAGAAACUAAGUAGAACCGGGUUUCAGCCAAAAUUGUUCAUUUCAGGAAAUACCUUACUUUCAAGCGAACGACUGAGCAAACCAUUCGGGUUUGCCGACAUGCAAGUAAAGCAGUAUUGUACAGAUUCCCUCCUCCAAAAGCAACCAUAACCGUUAUCGAUGUUCCCUCUCAGAAAGAUAGUGUUCAUCCGUACACGCUAUGUCUGAACCAGCAGAUUAUAAAAAUUGAAUGUACAUCGGGUUUCUUUCCAUAAAACAUCAGUAUUCAAGCUAUAUUUUCAUUUACAGAAGGUUUUAAAAUAUUCUAUCGGUGAAAAUUUUUCCAUACAUUUUGUAUGGGAGAGAAAUUGACCGAAAAUGAGGAUUUCAAGCAAAUUUGUAUGAAAAUCGGUCAAAAAGAUGGAAAAAUCAAAAUUUCCCCGAUAGAAUAUUUUGAAACUUUCUGCAAAUGAAAAUAUAGCUUGAAUACUGAUGUUUUAUGGAAAGAAACCCGAUGUACAUGCAAUUUUUAUAAUCUGCUGGUUCAGACAUAGCGUGCCGUAACGUAACACACGUGUAUAAUAAACAACAAAUUACAUGAUAAUACUUAUACGGAAAAAAAGUAGCGAAAAUUAUUUGCAUAGGAAUCCAAUAUUACGUUAGGCUAAACACCAUUAUUGUUGUUUGUAGCGUAUUUAGUUUGUUCAAUCGAGCUUCAAUUGAGAGUAUUUUCAUCCGAUUCCUUCCAUUUCAGCAGCACGUUAGCUAUGAUGAUAACACUUGUUGAUCGAUUCAUUCUUCGGAAAGUAUUUGCUAGCGAGAAUUAGUUUAAUAAUUCUUAAACCUUUCCCUACAAAACAGAUGUGGGAAACCCGCAAUGCCAUCAAAACAAACAGAUUUGGAUUGACAGAGGAUGGCAACAAACAAUAAACGUAAAUUACGUUACAAGUUCAUUGAGACUAAAUAGAUUAAUAUAGGAUUUUAUAACGUAGAAAAAGAAAAACAAAUUUAGAGACCAGAAAAAGUCCUAACGAAGAUUGAUCUCUUCUAAUUUCGAUUGCCAGCUUUAAUUUAUGAUUUUAAAAACUAAUCAAUCUGCUAUCGCUAAUAAGGAUUUCAUAUGAAGUUGUAAAAUGCGGUGCAAAGCUCGCUGGCGCCUCUGAAAGAAUAUUGAUAUUUGGUGAUAAGAUGCUUUGAAUAAAAGAACUUUCCAACCGUUAUGUUCAAAUUGGAUUGCAAUCUCAAUAAUAGUUCAGUGUUAGGGCAGAUUAUUGUAGGAACCCAUAUUGUGUUAACAAAGUCCAGCUAUAUUAGGCUGUAUAUAUGUUAUUUACGAUUAUCCCUAGUAAGUCGGAACAAAAAAAAAUAAUUGAAUGGAAUGAUAUACGCUCAUAUUCUUAUACAAAAACAUAAAAAAAGGAAUAACAAACUGUAUGAAUUUGUUAACAAAAGAAAGGAAUAA